AUGUCAGAAACCAGCUAUGGCAGAUGUGAGGAGCUGUCAGAGACGGUGAAAGUUAAUCUGGAGAAGAGCAGAUCAGAUGAGACCGACAGGAGGUCUUUCUAUGGACUGUAUCCCUACAAGUCAAGCAUGAUCGGACCGGAGUCGCUGGCAGAUCCAUCUUCUGAUUGGGACAUUGUGGAAACAAUUGGGAAAGGAACCUAUGGCAAGGUCUACAAGGUCAUCAAUAAGAAAGAUGGUAGUCAAGCAGCCGUGAAAGUUUUGGAUCCCAUUAAUUUGUGUAAUGGGGGUUCAGUAACUGACCUGAUAAAGGGUUUGCUGAUGAGGGGAAAACGUCUUGAGGAGCCCAUCAUCUCCUACAUCCUGUAUGGAGCACUUCUGGGUCUCCAGCAUCUUCACAACAACAGAAUAAUCCACCGCGAUGUGAAGGGCAACAACAUCCUCCUCACCACAGACGGUGGAGUCAAACUGGUGGACUUCGGCGUCUCAGCUCAGUUGACGAGUGCCCGUCUACGCCGAAACACAUCAGUGGGAACCCCGUUCUGGAUGGCUCCUGAGGUGAUAGCGUGUGAACAGCAGUAUGACUACUCGUAUGACGCCCGCUGUGAUGUGUGGUCUCUGGGCAUCACUGCCAUAGAGCUGGCGGAUGGAGACCCACCCCUGGCCGAGAUGCACCCGGUCAAAGCACUCUUCAAAAUACCGCGGAACCCGUCUCCUACCCUCCGCCAGCCUGAGCACUGGUGCAGGAGUUUCGGUCACUUCAUUGCUCAGUGUUUGAUAAAGGAUUUCGAGACGCGUCCAUCAGUGACGCAUCUGCUAGAGCAUCCGUUCAUUAAACAGGCUCAUGGGAAAGACACGUGGCUCAGACAGCAGCUGUCGGUCCUCAUCCGCGAGCAACAGGACGUGGGCAGCAGGACCAAGACCAGGCAUGAGCGGAUCAAUACUCGCAAAACCCUGAUAAUUGAGAGCUGUCCUGAUGAUGAUCUGGUGAACCUGGAGGUUUUAGACGAGGAAAUAAUCAUUACACAUCUUCAGAGGCGAUAUCAGGAGCUGCAGAUCUACACAUAUGUGGGUGAUAUCCUCAUAGCGCUUAACCCUUUCCAGAACCUCAACAUCUACUCUCCACAGUUCUCAAAGCUUUAUCACGGGAUGAAACGCUCCACUAACCCCCCACACAUCUUUGCCACCGCUGAUGCAGCCUAUCAGAGCAUGGUCACCCUCUCCAAAGACCAGUGUAUAAUCAUUAGUGGAGAAAGUGGAGCGGGUAAAACCGAGAGUGCCCACCUCAUCGUCCAGCAUCUCACAUUUCUGGGCAAGGCUAAUAAUCGAACACUUCGUGAGAAGAUUCUUCAGGUGAAUCCCCUGGUGGAGGCGUUUGGUAACGCGUGCACAGCCAUUAACGAUAACUCCAGCCGCUUCGGGAAAUAUCUGGAGAUGAAGUUCACACCUACAGGGGCCGUGAUGGGUGCAAAGAUCUCUGAGUAUCUUCUGGAGAAAUCAAGAGUCAUCAAACAGGCUACGGGCGAGAAAAACUUCCAUAUAUUUUACUACAUCUAUGCUGGUCUUUACCACCAAGACAACCUCAAGAAAUACAGGCUACCUAACAAAACUGCCCCCAGAUACAUCGACUGUGUCAAUGGUAAAGUAAUGCAGGACAUCAUCUCUAGCAAACUCUACGAGGAGCAGUUUGACGCCAUUCAGGACUGUUUCCGUAUCAUAGGAUUUACUGAAGAGGAAGUGAAUUCUGUGUACAGAAUUCUAUCAGGCAUUUUAAACACAGGAAAUAUUGAGUUUACAUCCACCAGCUCCCAACAUCAGAGCGACAAGAGUGAGGUGCCCGACUCUGAGGCCUUAGAUAAUGCGGCCGCUCUGCUCAGUAUCGGCUCUGAGGAGCUUCAGGAAGCUUUGACCUCCCACUGCGUGGUAACUCGAGGAGAAACCAUCAUUCGCACCAACACUGUGGACAAGGCCACUGAUGUGAGAGACGCCAUGUCUAAAGCCCUGUACGGACGCCUCUUCAGCUGGAUAGUGAACCGCAUUAAUGCACUGCUGCAGCCUGACACUAACAUCUGUGCGGCUGAGAGUGGAAUGAACGUGGGGAUUUUGGACAUCUUUGGUUUCGAAAACUUCAAGAAGAACUCAUUUGAGCAGCUGUGUAUCAACAUCGCUAAUGAACAGAUCCAGUUCUACUUCAAUCAACACAUCUUUGCCCUGGAACAGAUCGAGUAUCAAAGUGAGGGUGUUGAUGCCAGUCUGGUGGAAUAUGAGGACAACAGGCCCAUUCUGGACAUGUUUCUACAGAAGCCCAUGGGUUUACUGUCUCUGCUGGAUGAGGAGAGCCGUUUCCCACAGGCCACGGACCAAACACUCGUCGAUAAGUUUCAGGAUAACCUGAGAAACAAGUACUUCUGGACACCCAAGCGUGUGGAGCUUUGGUUCGGGAUCCAGCAUUAUGCUGGCAAGGUGCUGUAUAAUGUCAGUGGUUUUCUGGAGAAGAACCGGGACACUCUUCCUGCAGAUAUUGUGGUGGUUUUGAGGACGUCAGAGAACAAACUCCUGCAGCAGCUGUUUUCCAGCCCUCUGACCAAAACAGGUAACCUGGCCACAUCCAGGGCAAGAGUGACAGCAGCAUCCAGAUCUCUGCCUCCACAGCUCAGCAGCGGGAGAAAUAAGGUGGACACCAUGGAAAUGAUGCGUCACCCAGAGGAAACCACUAACAUGAGGAGACAGACAGUGGCGUCUUAUUUCAGGGUGAGUCCUCAGCUCCUCACAUCAUCAGUUUUGUACUACUAUCUGGCCUUUCGUGCCCAUCACAUGCCAGAGGGCAGUAGAGAGAACGCCAUCGUUAUACUGCAGAGAGCCAAACUGGACAACUGGGUCCUGGGAAAGACCAAGGUGUUUCUGAAGUACUAUCACGUGGAGCAGCUCAAUCUGAUGUUGCGGGAGGUGAUCGCGCGGGUGGUGUUGAUGCAGGCCUACACCAAAGGCUGGCUGGGAGCUCGGCGGUACCGAAAAGAGAGAGAGAAACGCAACAACGGAGCGAUUAUCAUACAGUCAGCCUGGAGGGGUUACGUGGCCCGUCAGAAUCUGAAGCAGAUAAAGAGAGAGCGUGAGCAGGCUGCUGUACGGAUCCAGUCAGCAUACAGAGGCUACAGAGUCAGGAAAGACUACAGACAGAGUCGACAGUGGACUGGACAACCCACACCUGAAAGAAGAUCCUCCACCAGUCCCCUCCCAGAUGAAAAGGUUGUCUCUGUCAGCAGAGAGGACAGCUCCGGUGACGCGUCUGUGCUGAAGACAGACAAACAGAGUGACAGCAGAGAGAGAGACGGGCUGCAGGAGCGACCGGCACUGAGCAAGCAGGGUGAUACUUUACAUCUACAUCACCGUUCCCCUCGGCGAAGAGGACAGCAGCCCAAGCUCCUGAACAGCCCGGAAGACAGUCUUUAUUACAACCAUCUCAACAGAAGUCUGGAUUAUCAGGGGAGCAAGAGGAAACCCAGAAAACUGGGGCAAAUCAAGCUUCUGGAUGGAGAGGAUGAAUAUUAUCAGUUACUGUCCGCUAUAGAGGCCGUCCCUGAGGAGGAGGUUUUAUCUGGCUCCUCCCCAAACCCGAAGACUGCCACGCCCUUUAUCUCAUCCAGAUGAGCUGAGCUCCGCCCACCACUUUGACGAUCGAGUGCCUUCUCCAGCCUUUUGCUACGAAAUGUGCUGUAUAUAUAAAAUAAUGAGGGGUAAUUAUUUAUGUAUGCAUUAUU